AUGGGUUUUGUUUCUUCUUCAUCAUCACUAGACGAAUCUCAUACCCACACCCACAAGAUCUUCCUCUUCUCCAACUACAUCCUUCUCGGUGCCGCUACGAGCUGCAUCUUCCUCACACUCUCUCUCCGUCUAAUCCCAUCGAUCUGCGGAUUCCUCCUCAUCCUCCUCCACGCCACCACAAUCGCCGCCGCUGUCUCAGGCUGCGCCGCCGCUUCCUGCGGGAGAAACCGGUGGUACGCUGCUCACAUGAUCACCACCGUGCUCACAGCGAUUUUCCAAGGAUCCGUCUCUGUUCUCAUCUUCACCAACACAUCGAAGUUCCUGGGGAGUCUCAAAUCGUAUGUGCGUGAGGAAGAUGCUGCUGUGAUUUUGAAACUCGGUGGUGGGCUCUGCAUUGUGAUAUUCUGUUUUGAUUGGGUGGUUCUUGUGUUGGCUUUCUUCAUGAAGUACUAUGCUUAUGUCGAUGGUGGUGAUAGCCGUGGAGGAGUUGCGAUGAAGAGAACCGGUAAAGUUCAGAGUGAGGACAAUCCUAAGGAUUGGCCAUGGCCGUUCCAAGUUUGA